AUGGCUCCCAAAGACACAGUCAUUCGCGCAGAUGACGCUCCCGAUGAAGCCAUCACUGCAGGAGAGAUCAAAGGAGAUGUCGCUCCACAGAAACCCGCAGACCAUGACCUAGCCGCCACACAAAAGCCACGGAACGCCUGUAAGCUCAACCCUCUCGUUAACUGUGCAGUCGCAGAGCUCAUGAAACCGAAACCGAAACCGAAACCGAACAGUCAAACCCUUAACGAGAAUACGAACAAAGGCAAAACUUCGCCACUACCCUCCUCUUCCGGCUCCAAGAGCUUCGAUGCGCGAGAUGGGUUGGGCAUAUACAUCAAGUACCCAGAGCGAAACCCAGAGGGAAGAGUGAUUGAAUACGACGAUGAAUUCGUGGUGAUACAAGAUAAAUAUCCAAAAGCAAGCGUACACCUUCUGCUCCUACCCCGAGAUCCGGCCCUCACCCUCGAGCACCCGCUCAUCACCUUCUCGAAAAACCCCACCUUCCUCGCCAAAGUCAAACCCCGCGUCGAGCGCCUCAAACUCCUCGCAGCGCGCGAACUCCGCCGCAAAUAUGGUCUCUCCAGCGCGUCAGACGCACCCUACCAGCUUGCCCUCGAAGACAUGAUGAGCGGCCCAGAUCCUCCGCCCUCAGACGAACGUGACUCUCUCCUUCCACCAGGUCGCGACUGGUCUCGCGAAAUAAUAUCAGGCGUGCACACGCACCCGUCCAUGAAACAUUUACACAUCCAUGUUCUGUCGCGCGACAUGCGUAGCCUGUGGCUGAAGAAGAAGAAUCACUACCUGAGCUUCAAUACGAGUUUCUUAGUAGGGCUGGAUGAGUUUCCGCUAGAGGAGGGGAGUGCGAGGUUUCAUCCUGGAGAUUGGCCGAGCUGGGAUAUGGUAUGUUGGAGAUGUGGGCAGAACUUUAAAAAUAGGUUCAAGGCGCUGCAGGAGCAUCUUGACGAGGAGUUCGAGGACUGGAAGAAAGAGUGA